UGUGUGUGUUUUUUUUGGGUGUUAUAAUUAACAGUGACCUUUGACAGUGCGAAAGUAGAUAGCCGAACUGUUUCGGAUUUGUAAUUAGGGACGAGAGAUUGGGCUGUUGAAAUUAUGUCCAUUACACGACCCAAUUGGAUCACAUUUCACCAGUAAACGGAGAACAGUCAGGGUCUGCAGCAACAGCAAUUCUGACUAGGACAAUGAUGUACUAACGUGGCCAAAAUGAGAAAUAUUCCGCUGAGGGCAGCCCUUCUGCUGCUCCUCGGCAUGGCCAUGCAGCUACACCCCUCGGUCGCCUCGUCCGCGUUCGCUUCCGGCACGGCCUGGCAGCGCACCCUCUUCGGUCGCGAUUCGACUCGCAAUUUGAUGCGGCGCAGCCCCCCCUCCCUGCUGGGGGCAGGAGAUGGCAGUACCGCCUACGAUGGAGGCCCCAUGGGAGGUUACAAGGAAUACAAGCACCUCUUUGGCCCCUAUCCCAACGAGCAGGAGCCGCGGGAGGCGCAUCCCCAACAGCUGCGCCAGCAGACCGAGGUCUAUGGGAUUGUGGAGCCGCUGAUUGAGGACACACCCUGCGCCGACCGCCCCUGCCUGGUCAGCGAGGACUGCUGCCCCACCGGGGUCUGCGUCAACACCAAUGGCGAGGGCAAAUGUGUCUAUGUGUUUGGACACCAGCGCGACAUAUGCCAGCGCCACGGGGACUGUGCCGCGGGCAGCGUCUGCAUGCUGGUCGCCGAAGAGGGCAUCUGGCGGUGCGAGAUCGAGUCGGAGUCCAGCGCUGCUCCGUCGCUGCUGGAGGAGAUGUUCGGGGUGAGGCGGAAGCAGCCGCUAGGCAGUGAUUGCAAUAGUAGCAGCGAUUGCCAGAUGGUCAACGGGAUGUGCUGCCAGCAGCAGCGACUGAAUCAUCGGGCUAGCAUCAAGCGGAUCUGCGGCUACUUCCGCGACGCCUUCGACUGUGUGGACAUGGUUGGAGCAGAGCACCCACAGCAUCGUCGCUAUUAAAGAUCUCCGGCAGCUGCCGGAAAUGAAGGUGCAGGCGCACAGGCACGGCAUAGAAAUAUUAAUUCAAAUGACGAAGAAGACCCAGCUAAAUGACGGAAAACACGACUACCGAUACGAGUAUAUGAUGG